AUGCGUAACGAUGAACAGUGUCGCAGGAUUGCGGACCACGUAAUAGAAACUGGUGACGACCAUGCAGCAAAAAAGUACGGAAUAAAAGGCCCAUGCUCUUUAUCAGAGCUUUCGACGAUCGAUAUUCCUCGGAGUUUCCCCCCAGAUGCCAUGCAUCUAUGGUGGGAGAACGUAAUACCAGACCUGGUUCGACAUUGGCGGGGAAAAUUUACAACUUCUGCACAGGUGGAGACCGUAGAGUCACUAAUCGCGGACGAUAUCGAUACCAACGACGGACCAGACAAUCAACCCAGCCAGCGCUUACCUUCGAAUUCGCGCAGAUGCAAGACAACUCCCGCAAAAACAAACACGGAUGGUAAAAAGUUCGUCAAAACAAAUGACGAAUAUAAUAUUCCCCCAGAUCAAUGGCUACAGAUAGGUAAGGACAUGGCUAAAAGCAGCAUCACUUUCCCGUCUUCUUUUGGGGAGCCUAUACGUGACUUCGCAGAACACUGUCAACAUCUCAAAGCGGCGGAAUGGAGAAACUUUUCCCUAUUAAUGGCCCCUAUCUAUAUGAAAAACAGAUUACCAGAAGAGGAUUAUACAGAGUUUGCGAACCUAAUCGACGCUUUACAUCUGGCCUGCAACUACACCAUCACAGAAGCCGAGAUACUUGUGGUUGAGGAGCGCUUGAAGAGGUUUGUCAUUUAUUAUGAACGUCGUUAUUAUUGUCGGUUGUGGGAUAAGCUUUCCUCCUGUCUUCCUGUCAUCCACCAGGUUUUGCACGUCGCACAAGCUAUCCGAUGGGCUGGCCCAAUGUAUGUGUAUUCACAAUGGCCAAUGGAGCGGGUAUGCGGCAUCAUUGCGGCGUCGGCGAAGUCCAGGGUUUCGGCGAACCGCAACAUGGGUAUCACAAUUGUUCUUCAAGAGCAGCGCAACCACCUACCUUACGUGAUUCCUGCUCAUCCUGACGGCGAUCUCAACGAUGAAAUAGAGGACGAUGAUGGAGCUGUACUUCUUCACCGACUGUUCGGUCGAAGAUUAGCACACAAAGAUAUUCCUUCGAAAUCAUUGCUUACAAUGAAUAAAUCUUCUGGAACUAUGGGUUUACCAAAAAAGCAAGGAGCUUUGGGCGCAUGGCAUCGACGUGCCCUCCAGACAUUUUUGUCAAAUAGAUUCAAUAACGUUGUUCCGUUGGAUUCAACACCCAAGAAUUGCGUUCGUUGGGCUUCCUUCUCUUCUGGAGUUCGUGGUCUAGCCAAAAAAACGUUCACUAUUGUUUCGACACACAUGAGGAGAACUAAUUCAACAAGGAGUUCUUCCAUGAUUCGUUAUGAGUUCGAGACAGACGUAGGCAUGAGAUACAGCGGAUAUGGGGAGGUUAUAUUUUUCUUUUCUGUCGCCGAUGAAGACAUGAACCUGCUGCGUCAAUAUGAACCACGUGUACACGUGGGCGACGACGAAAGGGAGCACGCUUCCCGCAACUUUGCCUAUAUCCAAACAUUUAAUGUAGAGCUUGAAGAUAGGCUCUUGUUAAAAACAGGGCUUGGGAGAAAAGAGGUGAUUCAGGUUGACCAAAUCGUUGAUCUUAUUGGAUUGAUGAUAAACGAGGGCCGAGAAUAUAUCGUUUCGCGUUUCACUUGUUUAUUUUAA